AUGAGUGACCCUUAAUUGAACUCACGUUAGCUCUUAAGCAAAUCUUUUAGUCCUAUAACAAAAGAUAAGGCUUUAAAUUGCAUCAGUUAUGGAUUAGCAGUAAAUUAUGGUUCAGACAAAAAGAAAUUCAUUGCCUAUUAAAACGAAGUUGAUCCAGAACUAUUGAUGCUUUUACCAUACAAUUAAGCUGUACCUUCCAAAUUAGAUUUUAUAGAUUUAACAUAAGUAAUAGAUAUUUAAGAGUUAUCUCCGUUUGAGAAAACUCUGAACACUUAAUGGCUGAUGUUAGAGCUAAAGAAUAAAAAGCAUUAUUUUAGUUUUAAUGAUUAGGAAGAGAAAAAUCUACUUUGGCAAGCUAUCUUAAAUAUUAUCAAGUCAGCAAAUGUCUCAAAGCAACAAAACAUGAAGGCUGAUUAUGUCAAGCAAAUGGCUUUAGAUUUUUUUUCCAAGGCUGAUUAAGAUUUAUCUGAUAAUUUAACUUAUGAAGAAUGCUUAAACUUAAUAUAAAAACUGAAUGUGAACAUUAGCAAAAAGGAUCUGUUGGAAAAAUUCUAAUUUUAUGAUGAAAACAAUGACAAACUUCUCCAAGUGAAUGAGUUUGUAGAGAUUAUUAGAGAUUUACUUUCGAAAAGUGAAUUAAUGCCUUUGUUUAAGAAAUAUGUGCCUUCUUUUAACGAAAAAAGUAAUCUUAACUCACCUGCAAUGAAAAAAGAAACAUUCUUCAAGUUUAUGAAAGCUGAACAAAAACAAGAAGAAAUUGAUCUGAAGUCUCAAUAAUUUUUAGAUAUGUAUUUCGCUGAAAAAAACAAUAUAAUUUCUUACAAUGACUUUAUAAAUUUGAUCUUUAAUUAUUAAAAUAAUAUUUAUGAUCCAGCAAAGCUUAGUGUUUAUUAGGAUAUGGACCAACCACUAACAGAUUAUUUCAUAAAUUCAUCCCAUAAUACAUAUCUCAUGGCCAAUUAACUAACAGGCGAGUCUAAUGUAUAGGCAUACAUUAAUGCUUUUAGAAAAGGCUGUAGGUGUAUAGAAAUCGAUGUGUGGGAUGGAAGUGAACCAAUAGUUACUCAUGGUUUUACUUUAACAUCAUCCAUAAAGUUUAGAGAUGUUGUUUAAACCAUUAAAACUUAUGGAUUUGUCUGGAGUAAAUACCCUAUCAUAAUUUCUAUAGAAAACCACUGUAACCAAGAAAAUUAGAAAAAAAUGGCAAAUAUUAUGAAAGAAAUAUUUGGAAGCUCAAUAUAUCUUAUCCCUGAAAAUUAUUCAUCCAUGAAGUUCUACCCUAGUCCCAGAUAGCUUAAAAAAAAAAUAAUUAUCAAAGCUAAGGGAACACUAAGCCAAAUUUUAGAAGAGUCAGUUUAAACUGUAGAUUUAUAGUUGAAAAAGCAAAGUAAAAGUACUCCACACUAGAGCAGGAGAAUUAGAGAUUCUGUUUUGUUUUCUAAUAUUCACUAACAGGAUUAAAUAGAUUUAAACCAAAUCUAUCACUUUAAUAUUGAAAAAGCCUUUUCUUAGAAUGAUGUAGAUGAUAACACAAAUAUGCUAUAUUAUUCACCUAUGUAACUAUUGUAAAUUUCAGAAUCUAACAGGUAGUUUAAAUCAAUCUAGUAUGACUAAGAAGAUACAGAGAGAACAAUUAUGGACAGCGACGACGAGACUGACAGCAAGUCUUAAGUUGCAUAAGUCAAGGAUUUUUAGAGAUGUAUUUCCAUGGUAGGUGUGAGCUUUACAAUGGAUAUGAUCAAAUUCUAAAAUGGCUCAAUUUUCGAUAUAUUUUCGCUAAGCGAAGAAAAAAUUAAAUACUUGCUAAAAAAGCAUGAAAAAAUUAUUGUUGAUUACCAUAAAAAAUUUUUCAGUCGUAUUUAUCCAAAGGGUUCGAGAGUAGAUUCUUCAAAUUUCGAUCCUUUACCAUCAUUUAUAAGUGGAUCUUAAAUUAUUGCACUUAAUUUUUAAACUUGUGAUUAUCAUAUGCUAAUGUAUCUUUCUAAAUUCUAGUAAAAUGGUGGAAUUUUUAGUGGAUAUGUUUUGAAACCAAAGUAUUUAAGACAUAGUCACAUUCAACAAAUCAAUUCAGAUGACCAUAAACUAUGUGAUGAUUUGAACAAAAAUAAAAAUACUUUGCAAAAAUAUCCAAGUGACUUUGUAAAACAAAUAAAAGAAAUAAAAAUUACUAUUAUUAGUGGAUAGUGCUUAAAAAGGGAAGAAGAUGAUUCAAAGUCAUUUAAUCCGUUCAUUGAAGUUUCUUUAAAGGGUACAGAGCUAGAUGAAAAAAACAACAAAACUUAAAGAACUAAAUCAAUAAAUAAUAAUACAUUUCAUCCUAUUUUUAAUUCUUCUCCUAUCACUUUUAAAGUUGCAUGUCCAGAACUUGCAAUGAUUUCAUUUUAAGUAUUUAGUAAUGGAAUCAUAAAAAAUGAAUUAUUCGCAUAGUAUGCCCUUGAUUUUGAGUGUAUAAGAGAAGGCUAUAGAAUAAUACCAUUAUGGGAUAAAGAAUUUAAAAAAAUAGAACAUGGUAUGUUGCUUGCACAUAUUGAAAUAUUGGAUUUAUAUACAUGA